AUGGAAGCCGUAAAAACGCGAAAGAAGAAAGGAAAACGGAAGAGUAAAGCCGGAGAGAAUAGAAAGAAUGAUUGUCCAGACACAAAUUUAGUAACUGAAAAUUGUAAAGAGAAUACGCCGGCCACGACUUCCAAUUUAUUGGUCGCCGGUGAACAAAGUGGAACUGGUGCUACUGCAGUUAAUGAAAAUUCCAAAAGCUGUAAUGAAGUAGAAAAUUCAGAAACAUUUGGAAACCAGGGUAUACCUGACGUAGGACUCUCUAGUCCGCCAUGCAAUAACUACGGAGAUGAUAGCGUUACUGUAGAUACUGUAUCUCAGGAAGAGGACUCUUUGCAAGCUAAAGCAGAAAAUAAGCCAUUACUAGCUGAUAGCUCCCAUAAACUGGACGUCUCUUCUGAUGUCUUGCAGCCUGGAAGUACCGAGGAUGAAGCUGUUAUUUUGAAGUUAGAGGAGGACAAGAAUGAUGUAGAUGUAAGCUCUGCUGAUGUCUUGCAGCCUCGAAGUACCGAGGACGAAGCUGUUAUUUUGAAGUUAGAGGAGGACAAGAAUGAUGUAGAUGUAAGCUCUGCUGAUGUCUUGCUGCCUCAAAGUACCGAGGACGAAGCUGUUAUUUUGAAGUUAGAGGAGGAUAAGAAUGAUGUAGAUGUAAGCUCUGUAGGUCAUGGCUCCAGCAACAUUGAAACUAAGACAUUUGUUAAGGAUGACGGAAACGAAAAUUUUAUCCAUGAAGAGACAUUAAAUGCAGCGUCAUAUGUUCAUGAAAGUAUCAAACAUAGGCAACAUGAUGAAAGUGUUGAGGCACCCGAUGUACUUCAUCGCGAAAGAGCGUCAACUGCUCCUCCACUAGAAAGAGAAGACUCUGUAGUUGAUCAGGAUAAUAUAAAUGAGGAGAUUAUGGAGGAAGAAAAAUCUGGGGCAAUGCCAUGUAUUCCUGAAAGCACUAAAUCUAUAAGCCUUACUGAAAACAUUAUGGCACGCGAUGUAAUUCAUCGCGAAAGAGCAUCAACUGCUCCCCCUCUAGAAAGGGAGAAUUCCACACAGCAUCAGCUAACAGAUACUGAGAAUGCACAGUUGAUGAUGCCAGCUACUGCCAGCUCGCUUUAUCCGACAUUACAAGCUAUUAAGGAACCAGAGUUGCAGCCUUACACGGAAGAGCGACUGAAGGAAUUCUAUUAUAAUCCGCAGUUAGCCCAAUUUAAUCAAUCUGUGGAUACCUUCCUUGGAGUAAUAGCACUUAGAAUACAUAUUAUAUUAGUCAGUCUGAAGUCUCAGUGUAACAAUUACCAGAAUUCGCUAUGGAUUAGCACCCAACAUCAAUUAACACAAAAUGGACAUUGUGAAGAUGACCAUCGUGUUAGCCAUACAUACACUUUUGAAACAGUACAAUUAAACUCGGAUGCUUUAACAUUUCUUCAUGAUGUUCUUGGGAAAAUACGAUGUGGUUUGCAGGAGUCCCUAAGUAUGAACCAAUAUCUUUGUCAGCUUUACAAAUUGCAUAUCGAUGUUUAUUUAUACGAUAUGAUAAAUGGCAGUUCGGUACUAAAACAUUUAGCAACGCAAACUCCAUUUUCAAGUGCAAUAACGCCUCAGAUACUAAAUGAACAUACGGAUACCCUUAGACAAUGUAUUAGUGUAUUUUUUGCCUUCAUGCGGCGCCACUCGGAAGAUGAAAAGUUUAUUCAAGAUAUAAAGUGCUGGCUAAAUCAUUUAAUCAGCUUACUGCUUAAUGUUCAAAGCUAUGAUGACAGCUUUUUUAUUCUUAAUCAUCUUAUUCGAUGUCCGGGAGGAAUUGGUAGUUGGGCAUCUCAGUUCGUCCAGCCCAUUGUUUCUGGUUUACACAGCAGUGAUUGCAAAUGGAAUGAUACUGCACUUGAUCAUUUUAUUGUCUCGUUGGGUGCUACAGUGUUUCCGAUAAAGUGUCGUGAUGAAUUUUUAUCUUUCAUACCGCAAGAUAAUAGUUCUGGUUCUAGAGAUAGUUGGACGUUAGUUACUGAGGAGGGAUUAGAAGACGACAGUGUAGAAAAUUAUUUUCUACGUUUACGAGAAAGUGACUUAAUUUCAAUAUAUUCGCAGUUUGCAUUCGAUAAAUUGUUCUGCUAUCUUUUACGCCUUUCUAAUUCAGGUACUGAGGAUUUGUAUCUCAUUCAACAACCGAUUGACAGUCAUUACGUAAUGAAGGUCUUCGUAGUUACCUCGACAAUUAUCAAACUACUGUCAAGCGCAUUUUCUACCUAUAAUUCUAUUCAUUAUAAUCAGUACGUUAAGACCAUAUGUAAAACAAUCAGAGAAAUAAUCCAUUUCAUUUCUGACUUCUGGCAACAUUACCAAGCAACUCGUGCAAUUACCGAAAAUGACUGGAAUGAAGUUCCUAUCGAGAGAUUAGUUACAGAAUAUGAUCAGUUCUUCAUGAAAGCUACCCACGCUGUUUGGAUAGGGAGGGAUCAGGAAGUUGAGGUUACCAUGUGUACCGAAAGAGAUUAUCAGGAUGAUUGGAAAGGAGUACUAUAUGAAGAAGAUAGGUUGUCGAAAUUUGCGAAUAAUCUGAAAUCUGUUUCUCUAUCUGACGGGAUACAUUUGCUUACGAUUUUUUCUACUAUGACUGAGGCUUGUGAGACAAAUUCUAAUUUUAUUCAGAUGGUUACACUAGAAUUAUUUGAGAUAUGCUACGUUUAUGAAAGCACUCGCGAGUUGUAUUACAAAACUGGCCGUGAAUUACUGAAUUAUAUAUCGCUGCGAAAUCCUAGUAUUGUUACGUUGCUUCUACAUCGCGUGGAGUUUAUGUUCAACGAGGUCGGUAAUAUGGCUUUAUAUUUAUUUAAAGGCCUACCAAUAAUAUGCUGGACUCCUGAAGAGGAAGACUUCAAUUUGAUUAGAAACUGGCUUGUCCAGUGCAACAUUUCAUCAUUAAAGAACCAAUUAGCUCGAUUUAUAAUUAGUGAGCUUAACUGGAGUACAUGUAAGCGGACGGAUUUACUGGCCUUAAGUAGACCAGUUCAUAAUGAGACAGCCUCAAUGAUUGUGGAGGUGUAUACGGAAAAAAUUAAGGGUUCUGAUUUCGAAAAUAAUGAUUUUGGACGGCAAAUAGCCAGUAUCUUGCCAGCAAAUAGUACCAUAGCGUUGUAUGGCCCACAAAGCGAAGUCUUGGCGUGGUGCUGGGAUACGGCAACGCAUCUGAAACUACAUGGUACUAGCCUUCAGACACUUAGUCUAAUAUUUUCAUAUGCGUGUGCUUCAAAAAAUGUACAGGUUGAUAUCCACAAUUUAGAAGCCGUUCCUCUCACGGCUACUUUAACUGGUACCUAUGAUCAAAUGCCCAGUGCCUAUGAAAAUCCGAUGUUAUUACCAUUGCGUCAAUGUGCAGAUGAUCAUAUCCCUCUAGGGUGUUAUCUUUUACUUUCAAUGACGUCAGUAGGGCAUUUUCCUUCAGAUUUUUUGGCGCAUGGCCUUAGAUACUUCGAAUGCAUAAUAGAUUCUGGCUAUUAUAAGGCGUCGUUAUGCGUAUUGUAUAAUGUGAUUCCAGCUUUUUUUGAACAUGAUGAAAACGAAUCUUUACUUGAGAGCCCUAUCUUUUUAAAAGCUAUAGAAAGUGUGCUUGCCGCUGAUAUUAAAUACGGGCCACUACAGUUCAUACCGAAAUUUAUCUACGAUAAAAAUAAUGAGAUUACAGGGUCUAUUGCAUCGUUAAUUCAGACGCAUUGUUUUCAUUAUGCCAACCAUUUAUCACCGAUAGAAUUUUGGACAAGAGUAUUCCUAAAUAUUUAUGACUGGGCCAAAAAUGAAUGUAUUCAGUUAAUUUUUGAUGAAUUGGCUAAAGUAGCGUUCUUAAUACCAGAUGGGCUUGAGAUAAUGUCUAAAAUUAUUGCAGAAAAGUACGACAAGGGCGAAGUAGUAAAGGAUCAGCAAAGCGGUAUUUUGCAGUCAUUUUUCUCAUGGGUUGCUUCUGGAUUUCAAGGAUCUACAACGCGACAGUCGUUUCUGGAUGAGGCCGGAAAUGGUGAAUACCCUUGGUUCGCUUUUGUAAUUUUAUGUGCUGAUCAGGAAUAUGAGAUUCAAUCAGGGAUACUUAGACAAAUGACUUUAGAACUGCUACAGAACGCUUCCAUUGGUAUAGAUGCCGCCUUAAAAAAAUCUAUUUCACGACUUGAUAUCCAUGCACCAUAUUCAUCUACUAACCUAUGUAUAUAUAGAUGGGUGCAGCAAGCUUUGACUACAGAUAUGAGUCAUCCUAUUCUCCCGCUUAUAUGGCAGAAAUUCUUUUCGUUGUAUUUAUCGCAAAGCGAUUGCGGGCUAGGAAUUCGAGGAAGUGUUGGUCAUAGAUAUUUCAAAAACAUGUCAUCUUUAAUACAUCGCGUUAAAGAACGCCUAUUUUACCAAACGUUGGCGCUCUGGUUAGAAGAACCCAGGUUACACGAUACUUCACUAUAUUUACCUUCAUUACCUAUACAAUACAAUCCGGAACUACUUGGUCGGCUUUAUAAUAAAACUGGGGAAUUGUGGCUAGAAUAUGUCGAUCUAACAGCUAUUUACGAGGACGUAUAUAAUAACAUUCGCAGUUGGCUCUUACAGUAUGCACCUUUUACGCUUGCUUCCAAAUUUGAAUUGUCUUCAUCUUCUCAUUCGGGUCGUGAAGAACCCCUAACUAGAAUAAAUCUUAGACUCCGGUGCUACGAAGCUUCUCAGCCUCCACCAGAGGUGAAAGAAACUAUAGAACCAUUCGCAGUUUUGCCAAGAAAUUUAUUCGAAAAUGAUCAACAACUACUCUCCGCCCUAAAAUCUGACUUCAGAAUUAUAGUAGAAUCUUCUCAGGAAUUCUCCACACGAGUAGCAGCACUUAAUUCUUCCGAUAUUGAAUAUUUGAAUCUGUUGCCGAAUGUUUAUCAUAAUGCUCCGUCUACGGUGACUGUCAACGUGCCGUGCAAUAAUUGGUUGAGAGGAACGGCGGAUUGCAAGGGACCUGCUCAGUUAACUUUUGAUUUCCAAGCAAAGCACGAGAGAGAGGAGGUUUCGAGGCAAAUACAGGCGAAUAGGGAAGGAUAUGAACGCUUAUCCAAGUUUUUUGUUACUCCGGUAUCUGAAAUUUUAUGCCAUGCGGCAGCCCGGAUCGAACUAGUAAUAUCAAAUUUGGUUAAGGAAUUCAGCAUUGCUAAUACUGAUACUGGUCGUAGGAAAAUAUGUUCUUCCGCGUCAUCCGUCUUUUAUGCUAUUGUUGCUAUGUUAGAUAAUGAUACGAAAACAUAUUUGCCAAUUGAACGCUUUUUGAAUUCAUGUAUACAGACUCUAGGAAUGGUAAGUUAUUAUGAUCCUUAG